UUGGACUAUAGCCUAAGCCCACAAACUUGUAUGGGUAGGCUUCGUCUAGAAACAUAACCCUAAUUUCUCAUUCCCCUUUAAGAACAGCCUGCCGUAUCAACAAAUCACCCUCUUUUAAUCGCCUGUUUGCUGCUUUCAGUCGCAUUACGGAAUGGCUGAAGUUGCAAAGGUAGGACCCGCAGUUCCGGAGUCGGUUCUGAAGAAGCAGAAGCGAAAUGAGGAAUGGGCUUUGGCUAAAACGCAAGAGGCUGAAGCGUUGAAGAAAAAGAAUGCGGCUAACAGGAAGUUGAUAUUCAACAGAGCUAAGAAGUACAGUGAGGAGUAUGAAGCUCAGCAAAAGGAGUUGAUUCAGCUGAAAAGAGAGGCAAGGUUGAAGGGUGGAUUUUAUGUCAACCCUGAAGCUAAGAUGCUUUUUAUCAUUAGGAUCCGUGGUAUCAAUGCAAUGGACCCGAAAUCAAAGAAGAUCUUGCAGCUCUUGCGUUUGAGACAGAUUUUCAAUGGUGUGUUCUUGAAAGUCAACAAGGCAACAUUGAACAUGCUGCACAGGGUGGAGCCAUACGUCACCUAUGGAUACCCCAACUUGAAGAGCGUGAAGGAGUUAAUAUACAAGAGAGGUUAUGGCAAGCUCAACAAGCAGAGGAUUCCUUUGACAGAUAACUCCAUUGUCGAGCAGGGUCUUGGGAAACACGGGAUCAUCUGUGUCGAAGAUCUUAUCCACGAGAUCCUAACUGCGGGUCCGCACUUUAAGGAAGCUAAUAACUUCCUGUGGCCAUUUAAGCUGAAGGCUCCAUUGGGAGGUUUGAAGAAGAAGAGAAACCACUAUGUUGAAGGAGGAGAUGCAGGUAAUCGUGAAGAUUACAUUAACGAGCUCAUUAGGCGAAUGAAUUAGAAAUUGGGGUUUUUAAUGUUGUCUUUUGAUGUUUACUAGAUUGUGUACUUUGUGUUUUUUGCGAGUUGGGGCAGUUUUAUUUUUUUGAACAAAGGAUGUAUCUUGACUGAUCUUGCAAUUUUGUGCAUGGUGCUUUCACAUGCUUAUAAGUAUCGUCUAUUAUAUUUC